GUCCUGUCAUAACUGGUAAUAGCUGCCGUGCAUUCAAAAUGGAAAAGUUAAGGACCGUUCUUGCGAAAAACAGACCCUCGUCUGAUGUGGCUGUAAAUAACGAAGAGAGGACGACCAAAAGCCAGAAGAACAAGAGUCUGAAGAGAGGUUUUGGUCUGAAGCCGAAGAAAAGCACCAGGUCUGUGCCAAAUUUUCUAGAUGACAGUUAUGAAGAUAGCGAAACAGAACAGAGGGAAGCAGAACAGAGGGAAGAUCGUAGAAAGUUCCAGGAAACAAUUCAUGAUUCCCUGGAUGUUGUCAGUAACGCCUUGGCAAAACCCAAGAACAACCCCGAAGGAGAUAGCGAGUACCAAGUUACACAAGCUUGGACGAGUUCAUCCAGCUCAUCGUCGGAUGAGUCGGGUACAGAAGAAACGGGCGAAGGCGACUGGUGCAUGAUGGACGACAUCAUUUCUCACUUCGAAGACCACGAGGACCAAAAUAUGGUCACUCUGUUGGUUGGGAAAGAAGAAGACACAGGGAAAAUAACGGAACGAAUCAACAAACUGGAUGAAAAGCUCAAGAAAACAGAAAAAGUGCUAAUUGAGACUCAGAAUCAUUACUUGGACUACCUGAAUGACCAUCAUGGUGACAAAGAAGAAAUGGAUACCGAAAAAGCCGAUUUAUUUGAAGAACCAAAACCAAAGUUGGUUUCCUCAAAGCCAAAGACCCCUGUUAGAGAUUCAUCAACCCUUGAAGGAACACAAGACGACUUUCGUACACCUAAGGCAUAUUACAAACCGGGCACGAUGACCAGAUAUGCGGAUGUGUAUAGCAUAACCGAGUUGUCCGACACACAGGAAAUGGUGACCAGCUAUUCGGAGGAAGAAUUGGAUACCGAAACAGAUUAUUCAGAUGAAGAAUCAAAAUCAAUGUCGGUUUCCUCAAAGCAAAAGACCUCUGUUGGAGAUAUACCAACCCUUGUUCGAACCCCAGACAGAUACCGUUCACAUAAGGCAUAUUACUUGAGCAUGAUGAAGAGAUACCCGGAAGAUUACGGUGCACCUCAGUUGUUUUGCAGACAAGAAACGGAUACUGAAAAAGCCGAACUAGUUGAAUUGAAAUCAAAGUCAAUUUCCUCAAAGCAAAAGUUGCAGUCGCAGUCGACCCCAAUUAAUCCUAUUAAGCAAACAAAGGACAAAGUGAAGGUUGAAGAGAAAGAAAUUUCUGCCCAUGAUCUGACCAAGGAAGAACUGGACGCGCUUAAUAUGGGUGAACUAUGGGAAUCGCUACAGCCCGAGGCUAAACUAGCGGAAGAGCAAGUUGAACAGAAUUGGGAUCAAAUGAAGCUACAGCUCAACAGUGUUCAGAAUGACCUCAUCAAAUACGCCAGUGACCUGCAGAACAGAUUCAGAAAGGAGAUGCGAGAGAUUCAGAAUUCUUCGCAGUACAACGUGGGCAAGGACGAGAUAUGCACGAUGCAACAAGGAGACAUGUUGGGCUCCGGGAUGUUAGAGAGUCUGAAGGUGAAGGAAAGCGAUGAUCUACCUAAGACUUCUAAGCCACCAGUGCAAGAGAGACCACCUCUGGAAGCCAAGGAGAGUGUGAUGAAAGAGUCGGGCGGGGCUGAGUUGGAAUACCCGCUCCUUGAGGCUUACGGUAGAUUCGUCAGAGUGAUGUCCAACCGCAAAGUUGAGAAGAUACCGACGUUUGAACAAUGGUACUCCAGCGUUAUAUCCGUGGCCGGCCGUAUCAAAGAGGAACUAUCUGAAGUGUGCAUUCCCACGGCACCAUCUGGACACGAUGUCAUUAAAGCGCUUUCUAACUUUGAGACAGAGAUCAGAACAGGGAUGACACAAGUACCAGUUCGAAAGAGCGCCAGCGACAGGCCAGGAAAAUUCACCGAUGUUAGUCAUUUGUUGGAGAAUAACGAACCAAAAGCAAUCACAAAACAAGUGGAUGAUCGGAGCGUGGAAGAAUUGAAUUUCAUCCGGUUCCGCGAGACUUACGACAGAGCUUUCCGUCAGAAGAAAGAGUGGCUGAUUAAUAUCAUUCAAGAUAGAAUUGCUAAGGAGUCCAUAGCGAAUUCUGCUUCCACCAGUGGCUCUCAACUAUCACAGAAGCCAUCAUCUGAAACUCAGCAGCUGCUUAGCACGAGUCAACGAAAACGCAGCAUGGAAGCUUUGCUCAGCCAGAUGUCCAUCCAAUCAGACACCAGCUUGCCAAACACUUGGGCGGCGCUGAGACGCAACCUAUGGAACCACACACUCAAGACCGAAUCCUGCCUGAUUCUCGAAGGACGUUAAUCUAACCAGAGACAUUCCUUUCCUUUCUUUUACCUUCUUAUAACCUUUAUACAGUGAAACCUGUCUAAACUGGACUACGUUGGGGACCUAAUAUCUGUCCGAUUUACAGACAGGAUCCAGUGUUUACAGUGUCUUGUUUUAGAAUUUAGAAAUAUUUUUAUCAUGAAAUUUGGCCGUUUUUUUUUACACGAUUUCGGUUUAUUCAGGGUCUAGUUUAGACCGGUUUCACUGUAUAUUUUGCAAAUAUUUAUACUUACAUUUUUUAUUUAUACAAAGUAUUUUUAUUUAAUUUAUUUUUGGAGACAUAUUAAAUGCAUUUAUUUUGUUAUUAAGAAUGUUUUAAUGUAUAAAAUCAACAUUUGAAAAACAGAUUAAAAUUUAGCAGUCUUGGCACCUGUCCAUAUAUAUAUUAGAAAUAAUAAUUGAUAAUGAUUUUUUUAAUCAGAAAGAAAUAGCCAUGACAUGUUCAUCUAAGCUUAUAACAAAAAUAAAAGUAUGUUUAUUCCAGCCACCCAUUUGAGACCCAAAAUAAUCUAGGAAAAAAUUAUGCAUAUUUUAAUUGUUUUUAAAAGAAGUGUUUUUAGUUUUUUAACAAUAAAAAUAUAUUAUAUUUAUUUAUUUACCGGUA